AUCCUGCAGCCCGCUGACACCCGUUAGAAAGACCUCCACAGAGCAGAAGAAGCGCCCAACACCGCGCCAAACACCGUCCACAGGAAUUCCUCUUUUUCUUUCUGUCCCUCACAAGUUUAAACAGGUGCACCUCAAGCAGGCUGAGGCUGAACGUUCAAUACGCGCUGCUCCUUUGGGAUUUAAAAGCUCUCUAUACUCAACAUAACAGCAGACAGAAGGUGGUGGCAGGGGGAGGAGGAGAAGGAGCUGGGUGACAGAGAGAGAGCCAUGCUGUCUCUGAGCUGUGCCGAAGGCUCUGUGGGGCUGGAGGAAGAGGUGGUGACCGCCGCUGCCCAGGCUGAGGAGCGGGACAGCGUCCACAACAGCAGCAGCAUCAGCAGCUGCAGCUCCGUCAACCUGGACGACAGCCUGACCAGCCUCCAGUGGCUGCAGGAGUUCUCCAUCCUCGGUGCCAACGUGCCGCAGCAGGCCCACCACCAGCCGCACCUGUUCGGCCACCAGCCGCUCGGCUCCGAUGGCCCGGCCUCCCCUCUGGCCGGGGACCCCGCCUCCAUCGGCAUGCCCCUGACCCCGGGGAAGCCCACAGCGGCGGCCUACAGCAGACUGCAGUCACUCCCCGGCAUCGUGGCUCACGGCCACUGCCCCGACGAGGUGGACUACAAGACCAACGCGCACAUCAAGCCGCCGUACUCGUACGCGACGCUCAUCUGCAUGGCUAUGCAGGCCAGCAAGAAGGCCAAGAUCACUCUGUCCUGCAUCUACAAGUGGAUCACCGACAACUUCUGCUACUACCGACACGCUGACCCCACCUGGCAGAACUCCAUUCGACACAACCUGUCUCUCAACAAGUGCUUCAUCAAGGUGCCGCGGCAGAAGGACGAGCCAGGGAAGGGCGGUUUUUGGAAGAUUGACCCACAGUAUGCUGAGCGUCUCCUGAGCGGCGCCUAUAAGAAGAAGCGGAUGCCACCGGUCCAGAUCAACCCGGCCCUGCAGAACAGGCUCAGGGUCAACCUGCAGCCCCAGUCCAGAGGCCCCUGCAGCCCGACAGGAGUUAAGGAUGGCCUGUGCGUCAACCCUGAGUCCCAGCGGCUUCUCCGGGAGUUCGAAGAGGCUACUGGCGCCGACCAGAACUGGGACCCUCAUCUGGCUGAAGGAACCAUGCUGGGCUCCUGGCCGGUGCUGCGGGGAAGAAGUGGGCACAAGAGGAAACUGGGUUCGAGGAAUGGCGGGGCCAAAGCCCCCCGGCGCUCCAGCUCCCCACUGCUCUCCGCGGACGAACAGAAGGAUAUCGGACCUCUGAAGGGGGACUUUGACUGGGACGCCCUGCUGGACUCGGCCCUCAGUGGGGAACUCAGUUUGGUGGGAGGCGAAGCUCUGAGCCCCAUCAUGAAAGACGAAGACCUGACAGUGCGGGGGACCCACAUCUCUCCUGUCGAAGCCCCCGCAGGGACAGCAGACAUCCACGUGUUGGUGGAGACCCGAAGGAAUAAUGACGUGUCAGACUUUGAUGAGGAGACCUUCCUCGCCACUGCAUUCCUGGAGAGCCCCUGGCCAGAAGAGGAGGAACAGGGUCGCAAUGAUUUCCUCUGUAGCUCCACCGUCAACCUGGACCAGCUGUUUGACCUCGGAGACUCAUUAGGGGGAGACCCGAGCACCCGGAUUGACAACCUCCUUUGAGGAAUAGUUGGUCCUCUUUCACACUGAAAACUCACUUAGGAAUAACAGACUUUGUUUUUUUACACUCGAGCAUCCCUUUUUGUGUUUUUCGACAUGUUUAAAGUAUUUUUAGAGUUACAUUUUGAUGCUGAUUCAUGCAGGAAGUGCAUUCCCAAAGCCUACUGAGAAGAAAAUGCCACAAUGUACAGCAGCAGUUCACAUCAUCACGGGGAAAACAACUAUCAAACUAUGAAAUGACUGGAGACAAACAAAAACUCAUUUUCAGAAUUAGGGCUUGGUCACACCUGAGAGGGCACAGAAAAGUUAAACAGUCUUCACAAAAUUAGUCAGUUAGCAAUAUAGAUGUAUCAAGACAGCAUGAGCAUUUGCACUGGGCCACACUUUUUGGGCUGUUCUCUGCAAUCAAUUGUUAUUGGAUUAAAUGGACACCAUCUUGGACUCUGGUAUCCAGUUUGUAUAAUACAUCCACAGUUAGCAAGCCUAUAGCAAACCAGUUUAUACUCUGACAGAGGAGCUUCAGUAAAACUGGAUGGUAACACACAGCUAAUAAGCUACGAUAGCUUCCUCCAUUUUGGCUCAACGUUCCCUCAAAGUCAACUCCGUCAGGAUGUCCUGCUGUUGGUCAAUGACACAAAUUGAAAUAUGUUAUUACAUAUAUAUUUGCAUUGAUUCAUGUCACCAAAGCGAGAGAUUCCAUUCGAAUUUUCUCUUACAUGCGGGUGUUAACGGGCCUUCAGAAUGACACAUCAUGGUCUUUGUUUACAUCAUAAAAAGUGUGUCCAUUUUGUUUAUUGUACAUCAGGCCUAAAUACAUUCAGAAGACAACUGAUCCACAGUUUUUAAAUAGGAAGUAGUAACCCAGUGGUGUCAGCAGGUGUAAGGCCAAGGCUGUGAUUAGUCUUGUUUCUAUUCAAUCGUCCAGCAAAUUUUAAGGGGAUUUCAAAUGUUGCAAAAUAGAAAUGUGAAGGCGUGUUUCCAUCAACUGGUUUAGUGCGAAAAAGAACUAGGCAACACUGUAGUUAAGCUGUAAUCCGCCAGCAAACAGAGUAGAACAACUGGAGGUUGCUAACCAGAAACACAAAGAGUUGCCUUGGCUCUCUAGCAUCUACAAGAGAAAAAUUGAGAGUUUUUCAGAAAUUGUUUUUCAUUUUUCUGUUUCAUGCUGUCCGGAGACGAAGACACAUUACGGGAAUAUCCCGGAAGAAGCUGACAGUGGAAACAACUGAUCAGUCCUGUGAGUUAAAUGUUCGCUACGUCAGAACUUAUUCGGCAAAGGCGUUUCAAUGUCCCAUGUAGAGCAUCAACUGUUUUUCCACAAAGGCAAAACCAUCUCAAGAGUGAGGAAGAACAUUUUUUUUUCCAUACAGCUUUUCUAAUGCAAUGUAUGGAAACACAACUACUGACAGAGAAGUUGCUGAGAAUUGUUUUUAAUAUGUAAAUACUGUGACAGCAGCACUAUGAUGAUGAAUAUUGACAUAUUUGCCAAAUGAUGUUUGAUGUAGGAGUGAUUUACUCUAUUAGGUUGUUUUUUUUUUUGCAUGGGGUUUUGGUACUAACUAUUCUCUGUAUGCAUUUUUCAAAAAUAAUUUGUGACAGUUUAACUAGAUUAAUAAUUAUUAGGCAGGAUAAGUUGCUUUUUUUCAAGGGAGAGUGAACAGAGAUGUUUUAUUUCAUAUCAGACUGAAAUAUUCCUUGUAGAAGUAGUAUUUAGUAACCACUUUCGUUGAUACUUAGCAGUGUAAAAUUUUAAUCAGCUUGAGGCAAAAUUCUCCAACCAAGAACUAUUAAGACCUUAAAAAGCUCACUAUGAAAAAGGCCACGGUGCCUGUAAAUGAAUACCUGACCUUCUAUGUGCCAAGAAAAACACUUGGGACUCGACAGGGUGGCAGUGUUUUUUAUUACAAAGAGGAAAUGUCUUUUUUUUAAAACAAAAGAUCUGAUGCAACUUGGAUAUGUGUUGUUGGUUAACUAAAUCCAAAUCACUGCGAAUACUUAUUGCUCCUGUUUUCCUUUAAAAUGUGUGAAAGUGCAAUCAAUGUACAGCGAUACUUGUUAUAUUUUACUUGCAGUUGUAGGCGUCUCUUUAUGCAGUUUACUUUAGAGACACCAGUUUCACUAGUUUGUGUAUUAUGAGGUGUGAAUACACUCUGACGGGAGAAAGGACUCUUUCCCAUGAAACAUUUGUGUCAGAUCAUCAAAUACACUUUUUAAGCAUAACAAUGGCGUUUUACCUCAUGAUUGUUCUGUCAAGUCAGAGACACUGUAUGCAUUCUUUUGCUUUCCUGUUUUUCUUUUCCACUUUUCUUUGACAAUAAAAGAA